AUGGCGCUGCUCCUGCUGAGCCUGGGGCUGAGCCUGGUCUGCGCCCAGGAUUUCAACACCCAGCGCAUCGUGCAGACGAACUAUGACAUUUCCAAGGUCUCUGGGACCUGGUACUCCAUCUCCAUGGCCGCAGACAACAGGAAGCGGAUAGAGGAAGGCGGAGACCUGAGGAUCUUCAUAAAGAGCAUUCAGGUCGUAGAGGAUGGUGGGCUCAAGCUCAGUUUCCACUUUAUGUUGCAUGCAGAGUGCACGGACGUGGCCGUGGUCUGCAGCGAAACAGGCAAGAGCGGGGAAUACACCAUCAACUACCUGGGAGAGAACAGCCUGCGGAUCCUGGAGGCUGACUACCAGCGUUACGUCAUCUUGCACAUGCGGAACUUCAGGAAUGGGACGGCCACGCAAGUGCUGGCGCUCUACGGACGGUUCCCAGAGCUGAAAUACAGCUUCCUGGACAGAUUCAACAAAGCCUGCAAAUCACAUGGACUUGGCCCAGAAAAGAUCAUCCCCUUCAGCAACCAGAAUCCCUGUUACACGAGGUAG